UUCCCAGAAGAAAAUGGCGUCCAUCUGUAUUUCGGCGGAUGCUUGCAAAGCUUGGGAAAAGACGGGCAAAUCAGAAUUUGUAAAGCAAUGCCGAAAACUACAGAGCGAGAACAGUGGAUUAUGGGAGCCAGAGAAGAAUGCAAUGAAGCGAGCAGUGUACGAACUCUGCUGGAGUGUUCUUCGUGGUCACCUGAAACAGGACCAGGCUCUGGCAGCUCUUGCAGAUCUAAAUGAUCACAUGAGAAAUGUGUAUUCACUCCUGGCAGAUACAAUAGCUGUGAUUGAUGUGGAAACAAGUUGCAAUGAGGACAAGACACAGAGAGAUAGAUUUAUAACAUUUGUCCGAGCCAGCGCUGGUUUGAUCACUGAGCCUGUACUGAAGGAACGUUUAGAUCAGGAAACUCUGGAAGCUGUUGGCCUUAUCUUUUCUAAGUUGCAAUUCCAGCAGAAAUAUGUCAAGACCAAGACAAAGCUAUACUAUAAGCAGCAGAAGUUCAACUUACUACGAGAGGAAAGUGAGGGCUACUCAAAACUGGUGACGGAACUCAAUCAAGAAGUACCCACAAAUGUCACAUAUCAACAAGUGCUAGAAAACAUCAAGUCUCUUAUAGGCUGUUUUGACCUGGAUCCUAAUCGGGUGCUGGACAUCAUGCUCGAAGCCUUUGAGUGCCGCCCAGAGCAGGAGUCAUUCUACAUUCCACUUUUCAAAGAUUAUGUAACAGACAAACUGACACUUUGUCAUAUUCUGGGAUUUCGAUUUCAUGAGCAAAAUCAAGAAAUUGAUUCCACUGCGUCUCUCUUCCGAGUCGCAGCACUGCUGUUGAGACACAACUUGGUACAUUUAGAAGAUCUCUAUCCACAUCUUCUACCAUCAGACUCCGAUAUAAUUGCAUUCCACGAAAAAGAGUUGGCUGAUGCUAAGGCCUACCAGCGUAAACUAAACAUUGUGUCGUUGUCAGACCGUAAAGAUGACGACAAGGAUAAGGAUGACAUGGUCAAUAUAGACCUGCGCACAAACAACCAGAAAAUUGGCCUGUGUGAAGCCUUGCUGGCUAUUGGAGCAUGGGACAAUGCGAAGGCCGUCCUCGACCGAAUGCCAGAGUUCUUUGCCAUGUCAAACACGUCCACUGCCCAAGCCUUGUGUCAGCUGAUUCACUCACUCGUAGAACCUCUUUAUCAGCACAACAGUGGUUUAUCAAGAGUUUUGAUGAAAAAGAGAGAUCGAAGAUGGAAGGGAAAGAUAUCCCCUGAUGCUGUUACAACAUUUCUACAACUACACCAGCGAGUCAUGCCCAUGUUUCUCUACCUGGGACCACACGCUUCGCGAGAUCCGAUACUCAUCGCAAAGUUCAUCCGACUUGGCAGGACCUUUAUGACAAAGCGCCAUGAAGGUGGCGUGGGUCCAGAAGACGAUGUUGCGUACUAUGGAUUCCUGAACAUCCUGGAUGAUGUCGUCCUGCCCAGCAUGUGUCUCCUGCCCUGUAAUUGCUGUCUCACUGAGGAACUGUGGGGACUCCUGAAGCUCUACAAGUAUGAACUCAGAUACCGUUUGUAUGGUCACUGGAAGAAUGACUCCCAUCAGCAUCAUGCAAUCCUGAUCCGGAGGAGGGCGGACUGUCUGGAGCGGGCCAAAUACAUUAUGAAACGUUUGUCCAAAGAAACAGUCAAGCCAUCUGGAAGACAAAUUGGGAAACUAAGUCACAGCAACCCAGGCGUGGUGUUUGAAUAUGUUCUGUCUCAAAUCCAGCGCUAUGAUAACUUCAUCGGCCCAGUGGUGGACUCACUCAAGUUCCUCACAUCCUUCUCCUAUGACGUCUUAGCAUUCUGUAUAAUAGAAGCCGUGGCAAGUCCCGAGAAGGAGAGAAUGAAGCAUGAUGACACAAACAUCUCCCUGUGGCUUCAGAGCCUGGCCAAUUUUGCUGGGUGCAUUUGUCGCAAGUACCAGGUGGAACUGGCUGGGAUCAUGCAGUAUGUGGCCAAUAAACUCAAGGCAGGCAAGAGUAUUGACCUGCUGCUGUUGAGGGAGGUGGUACAGAAGAUGACAGGUGUGGAGAUAUCAGAGGAGAUCACCAAUGACCAGUUGGAAGCCAUGACGGGAGGCGAGCUGCUCAGACAGGAGGGAGGCUACUUUGCCCAGGUGCGCAAUACCAAGAAGUCAUCGACUCGUCUGAAGGAGACGCUGCUGGAACACGACCUGGCUCUGUCUCUCUGUCUGCUCAUGUCCCAGCAGAGGAACUGUGUUGUAUUUAAGGAGGGAUCCAACAGGCAUCUCAAACUCGUGGGGAAACUCUACGAUCAGUGUCAGGACACGCUGGUUCAGUUCGGCAGCUUCCUCUCCAUGCAGCUGAGCACGGAGGAGUUUGUGAAGAGGCUGCCCAGUAUAGAUGUCCUGAUGACCACGUUCCACCUGCCAGCUGACUCGGCCUUCUUCCUGUCCAGGUCUCUCUAUGCACAUGGGAUCAAUGCCAAGUAUGAAGAGAAGAGAAAGAGUGAUAAAGGCCAAAAAAGUAGUAGCCAGACAAAGAUUCAGCGCUAUAUUGAAGCAUCUGAAGAAGUCCUGAAGCCCACCAUUGAUCUGGUCCAGUCUCUCUAUCCAGGCAAAGUGUGGGAAGACAUCAGCCCUCAGUUCUACUUGACAUUCUGGUCUCUGUCGAUGUACGACCUGGCAGCACCGACUCCAGCAUACGAGAAACAGAUCCAGCAGCUCAACAGCCAGAUCAAUGCCAUUGAUGAUAACAGGGACAUGCCCCAGAGCAAGAAGAAGAAGGAGAAGGAACGUUGUAACAACCUGAUGGAGAAACUUAAGGAGGAGGAGAAGAAGCAGAACGAACAUGUCAAUCGAGUUAUGGCUCGACUCCAACAUGAACGUGAUCACUGGUUCCUGUCACGCGAAGGUUCCAAGAGUGAGGCGAUCACAGAGGUCCUCCAGUUGUGCAUCUUUCCCCGAUGUUGCUUCACGGCCAGUGAUGCCGUCUUCUGUGCCAAGUUCAUACAUGUGCUGCAUGAGCUGAAAACACCUCACUUCUCAACACUCAUCUGCUAUGAUAGAAUCUUCUGUGAUAUUACCUAUACUGUGACCAGCUGUACGGAAAAUGAAGCUAGUCGGUAUGGCCGUUUCCUCUGUGCAGCGCUCGACACCAUCAUGAAAUGGCAUAGCGAUAGUGCCAUCUUUGAAAAGGAAUGUUUUGGGUACCCUGGGUUUGUGACCGUGUUCAGGAAGGCAACCAAGGAUAAGGAGAACAGCAACAAGGCCGACGGGUUGGACUUCGAGAACUACAGACAUGUGUGUCACAAGUGGCAUUUCAGACUUACAAAGGCAAUGGUUGCUUGUCUGGAAUCCCAAAACUACAUCCAGAUCAGGAAUGCUCUCAUUAUCCUGACAAAGAUUCUACCUCACUACCCUCGCAUCAUGCAGUUUGGCCAGGCUUUGGAGCGGCGAGUCGAUCGCCUCAGCAAGGAUGAGAAGGACAAGAGACCAGACAUAUAUGCAUUAGCCAUGGGGUAUUCUGGUCAACUGAAAAGUAAGAAGCAGCAAUGGAUGCCAGAGACUCGAUUCCAUAUCAAAGAUGUUGAAGCUAAAAAGGCUGCCCAAGCAGCAGCAGCCAAUGGCUCAGGGAUGAGGACAGAUGUUGCUAAGGAUGCAAAGAAACGGGAAUCAAAUGGCGGUAUGAAAGAUGGGAAGGAAAACAAAGACAUCAAACAGGGUAAGGAGAGCGGAGAAAAGGGAGAUAAACCUGAAAAGAAAGACAAGUCAGAGAAGAAGGAGAAGAAAGAUGGAAAAUCUAAGUCAGACAAGAAAUCCCCAGAUGAAGGGAAAGAUACUUCCAGCUCCAAGUCCUCUUCAUCCAAGGACAAGGAGAUUGUGAAGGAGAAAUCACAUAAGGAUAAAUCUGGGGAGAGGACCAAGGACAAGUCCAUGACGAAGGAGGAACGUGCAGAGGCUAAGGCAGCUCGGGAGAAUGGCAAGUCGGAGAAGAAGAAGAGUGAGAAGAAGAGUAAGGAGGAGAAGGGGUCGAAGGUGAAGCGUGAGAAGGAGGACGGUGAUCGGUCCGAGAAAGAGGAAUCCAGGAGUAGCCUGAGCAAGGAGCCUGGAGAGAGAGUGGAUGAGCGGAUUAUCAGCACUGGCAGUUCCCUGAGGCAUAGUACAGACAACUCUCCUCGAUAUGGCGAUGAAAGAGAUUCCAAACGGAGGAAGAUUGACGUGUCAUCGUCAGGUUCUAAGGAGGCUGUCCAUGAGGGCAAGUCCAAACACAAGAGGAGCCCUUCUUACGAAAGAGAAAAGGAGAUAUACAGGGAGAAGGAGAAGAAGGAGAGAAAAAGGGACCAUUCGCUGGAGAUGGACAACGAGACCAAGAGGAGGCGCAGCGAAGAUUAUACAAAGACUUCCAAGCUGAAUGGUGAACCUGACCGGAGACGCAGCAAGAGCCGGGAACACAGCUGGGAGAGAUCCAGUCCAUCCAUGCCAAGACGUGGCAAUAGGGACGUCUUUGAUUCUGAUGAGUCCCCAGCCAAGUCUAAAGCCAAAGUGAAAAAAGAAAAAACUUCAUCUUCCAAGAAGAAAUGACCUGUGAUAACAGACGAGCAGAACCAAGACUCGUCGUAACAAGUUUUGUAUAUCUUGUACAUAUAUACACACAAAGUAUUUUAUUUUUGUGUACAGACAUUUCCUCUUGAGACAAGUAUACCUAAUUUUCUAUCAUCAAUUGUGCCUUCAUGUUUACAUAGAUGAAGAAAACACAGUAUUAGCGAGACUGUCACAGUAGUGUGAAUCUCACGACAGCAGAUCAAACAGUCAUUUGUCAAUAUAGCCAUUGACUUAGAUUAAUUGUUACAUAGUGUCACGACUUGGCUAGGUUGGUACUGCAAUACUUAGUAUUGGAGGAAUUUGUUGUCACAUGUUUCAUGUCACUUUGUUUUGAGAAUGGCCUGUUUGUCCGUGCACUAUUUCUGAUUGAGAUUUGGUUGUUUCAGAAUGACAAAAAAUUUGGGGUGUCACAAUAUGCUUCGAGAUGCAUCUGUGAAUCGUGACAACCCUUACAAAUAAACUGUGAAGGAUAUUGGAUUGCAAGAUACAAAUGUACUUUGACCUGAAAGAGGCCAGCUGACUUGUUCUAAGCUUUCCUGUGUUGAGCUGUAAAAGUGCUGACGCGGCAUUAAACAAUACUGCCCUAUUCUACAUGGUUGUUGAUAUAUGCAGUCCAGGUUGUUGUGGAGUUCGGGGCAGAGAGGUGACCUGGAUUCCAUGAGAUGUUUGCAAAGUCUGGAUUAAAUAUUUAAGAAAUGGCAAUGAAUGUCGAAUGAUGCUAUAGGUGGACAUUCAAAUAUUAUCGGUAAUUAAUCUUAGCUGCAUGCUCACGUCAGACCAUGCUUUUGAAUUGGUUGGGUUUUUUAACUACAACUGACAAUGUGUUUUCAAGAUCAAUGUAAAGAAAGUUUGUUAAAAUUGUGUACAUAGCAAGUUUAAGAAACAUCAGAAAAGGAACUUGUAGAUUCAGUGGUAGUCUUUUAUGUAUUGAAAAUAUUUUAAAAAAAUAAUUAAGUGAUACACCAAGCAACAUUGAUGACAAUAUUAGCAAUUUCGAUAUGUUAUACAGACACAUAUCUAUUAAUAUGUGAUAUUCUGUUUAUUCAGAAGUUAAUGCCCAUUGGCAUAAAACUCUCAUUUCCAAGAAAACAUGUAAAUAUGAGACAAAUUAUUGGUACAUCAAGAUGCAAGUCCAGGCAAAACUUGCAACCUUUGCUUCAGGAGGAGGCUAAGGUAAUGGCAGCAUUUUAGACGAAUUUAUUACCAUGUGCCAAUCUGUAAUCAUCUUAUUAGACAUUGUUAUGGGUACAAGUGGACAAAGAGGAUUGAAAUUUCAAGAAAGAUUACUCCUAAACACAAACUGUUUAUAUGACUAUAAUUUGUCUUGGUUACAGUAAAUGCACGAGUUUUAUUUGCAAGAAUUCAUUAAAUUCAUGGAACUCAAUGAAUUACUCACUGCAUUUGUUGUGUGUUGGAUUCAUACUUUCAUUUUCAUGAUAUUACAUAUUAUAGAAACAUCCCAUUUUGAUCAUUGAAGAGUGACAGUGGACUAAAUGCCUAUCUGGUUGAACCAUAUGUCGUUGUGUUGUAAUAACGUGAAAGGAUCAUCUGUGGUUUUAGUGGGACAUAUACAUUUGUGAGUUGACUGGCAUGCGUUGUCAGUAACAUUUAGCCAUAGAGUUCACUGUACAUUGGGGAAGUAGAUGGUGCUCUCACUUAUCACAAAGAGAGUUCGGUUCCAUUCCCAUAACCAUGAUUUGAUGUGGUUCAGAUUAACUGCCAAACUUUAGUUGUAGAAUUGCUGAAAACCGAAACAUGAUGGCCUUGUUCUUAUAAUGCUGUAAAGAAGCCAUUGUUGGCAUGGAGUCAAGAUUCAUAAACAUUGUAGGGUUUGACUUUAUUAGUUCGAUCCAGCUAAAGCAUUUUACUGUUUUACAAGAUGCUGUUUUGAGUGGUAUAUGAUUGCAAUGAUCAUUAAAAAAUAGCCAGUAAAGCAUUCUUAUACAUGGUUGACCAAGUGUGCUUUGGCAACACAAUUUGCUCUGCUGUGUUGUGUCCUUUAGAGAUGUCAGGAUCUGCUUAAGAUUUGAAUCCCAGAUUCAGCCAGAUAAGGUUCCUACUUUGUCAGCUCCAUUCCUAUGCUUGAUGUGGUUAAUACCAGUAGCUUAGUGAGCAUCACUUCGUCCCUUUCUCCAAUAUAAAGCUGUAUGUUCAUUGUUACUGAAAUAUGUUUCAACUCAACGCCCCAACUCACUCUGUAGAUAGCCAAUGGCUAGCCAAGCGGAGAUGCUAGCAUCAGUAUUGUGGACAGCCAGUUAUUGUGUACACUGGUCAGUACGUAUGUAAUACCUUGAGUCACAAGCUCCCCCCAUCUAUGCUAUAUGAACACCACUUCUUGCCAUGGUCUGCCCCUCAGGGAGAUGCCACACCUCAACAUGUCUCCAUCCUUAAACACAGGUUUGUUAUAUUUUGUCAAAGGAUGCUUUGAUGAAUGGAAAACAGGGAACACAUUUGUGAGUAGACCUAAGAUGGGUAUCCAUUUUGAAGUGUUUUGUCUAUCCCUGAAAAAAAGUGUUUUUUCUGUUUCUGCAAUAUUAGAUUGACAUUUACUUCUUCAGUAAUAGCUGGUUAUGUCUCUGAAACCUCAAUCAUAAAUUACUGUUAUGGUUGUUAUGUUUGUCCAUGUAAUUGAUUAUGGUCGAUUUGUCCAUUUCUGUAACAAGGUUGAUAUGCGUUUUAUUGUUAAACAUUGAAUUGGUCGUAAUGUGAAUAAUAAUUCUGGUGUACAUUAGACAUUGAGGAGAUGUAAAGCAGUAGGUGGUGUAUCAUUCAAGUAUGCCUACCUCUUUUUGUGAUGGGGUAGCCUAGUGGUUAAAGCGUUCUCUCGUCAUGCCAAAAACCCGGGUUCGAUUCCCCACAUGGGUACAAUGUGUGAAGCCCAUUUGUGGUGCCCCCCGCCGUGAUAUUGCUGGAAUAUUGCUAAAAGCGGCGUAAAACCAUACUCACUCACUCUUUCUGUAUAAAAGGAUCUAAUGACGCUGCCUUACGGUAGUAUGAUGUAAAGCUAUUGGUGCACAUGAUGUCAAUGGUAAAAGGUUUAAAAAAAAUUUCAUACUUCAUUUCCGAUAGGGGUGGUAAGGUAGCUUUGUGGUUCAGGCUUUUGUUCAUCCAACAAAGACAGGGUCAGUUCCCCAUUUGGGUCUGUAUGUGACAUGUUACAGGGCUAGCUCACAGCUUGUGAUUUUUUUCUUUUGGUGUUCUUGAACGAUCCUUUAAAGUUUAUUCCUCUUUUGACAUGACCCAAGAAACUGGUUGGGGCAUAGGUGGCCCACUUGUUUGGGCUCUGCAAUUCCCUCAAUCUCCUUAAAUCGGAUCUUAAAACUCACUACCACUUAACAAAGAUCUGAGGACAUCCUGUUGCGCAACAGAAUGACAUUUCAACCAACCAAUCAAUCUUUUGGCAUGGAAGAAUUCUAGUUUUUUGGUUGGAAUCCUAGAUUUUGAUGCUUGGUUUGUCAGAACCAAACCUGUUUGGGUUUCUCCAAAGUGGUAAGCUUCCAAGACAUGUCAGUUUGGGAUUCCCUCUUUCAUAGAGCUGACAUGCUGUAAAAUAUUUAAACAAUGUUCAAAGUUUCAGUAAACUCAAUUCUCUUAAUCACUCAUUCUAAGACUGGUCUUUGACAGGGUCACUUUCUCUCAUCAUGAUGUAUCUAUUUAGGUUUAGGUGAAAUCUCUAACUUUAUGGAAAGGAUUCAUUCAAGGAUGACUGUUUUAUCAUUUCAUUGACAGUUAUGAAUUUUUACGUCUUUAUCAAGUUAUCUUUUCAUUGACAUUAUUAUAUCUUCAUACAGAAUACCUCAUGAACAUUUCAUAUGUAUGUUUAGUUAAUUCUCUUGAAGAAAUAUCAUUUUUUACUUUGAUAAGUGUAUCCUAUGUGUUAUUUUAUUGUCAGGAUGGGAGGUAUCCACAGUGCUAUGAUCACUGUCAAACUAGUAACACUUAUCACCGAACAAUGUGCCAUAUAAUGUUUUGAUGAGACAGAAAGAGGGGGAUGUUAUACAGUUUUUAGAAAUGUUAGAGCUGAAUAGAUAAAUUGAAUAGAAAAAUGAAUUAUUGACUUAAAAAGACAGGAAAUUAUAUUUCUUGAUUUAUUGUUUACAUAAUUCAAGUACACUGCCAAUUGUUCUUGAAAUAUUCAAUAAUUUGAACUGUACGAAGUUCACUCCUAUUUCUUCUAUUGCUUACAAUUUACAGACUGUUUCCAUUUUGUUUUUCAAGUUGCAUUUUCAGUCAGUUUUCAAUACAUAUUUCUGUUUUAACCUUGUCUAGGUGCAGUGAAAACCUGAAACUUACAUUAGAACUUGGUGAAUGUGUGUGAAUAAUAUGAAUGCUCAUCAGUUGGUUUGUAAGACUUUGUGAAGUCGUUCCGGAUAUUUUUGUUGACCUGCUUUGACAUGGGUAUGUGUCAAGUACUUAAGACACAGUGAACAAGCAAUAUUAAGAAGGCGAAAUAUACACCUGGAAAAUAAUUAAGCACUAUUUAUUUCCAUAUCAAUAGACAUGCAUUUUUUAAGAAUGUAUCCUGCAUUUAAUUUUGACAAAACACAUUGACUUUUGUGUUUAUGGUCACUGUAUGGUUACUGUAAUUGAUUAUGUUAUUUCAUGUUUGGUAACAGCAAAGUGUCUUUCAGUGCUACCUCUGUAUCUUUCUAUUACAUGUAUAUGAUGUGAACUUGUAUUUGCAACCAUGUGGAGAAAACGGUAUUCUUGUACCACCUUUUCUUCAGGAAGCAGUGGUAUGUUAGAUAAUUAUUAAAGUUAUAUCAAUGUCAUGUGUACUUAUUACCAAAAUAACUACGAUCCAAAAUUUAGGGAUAUAUGAAGAUAUAUAUGUUUAAUUUUUCUAGGUGUAUAUUUGAUAUGUCAUUCAUCUCAGGAACCAUUGAAGGGAAGGUAAUGACAUUAUUUACACUCUGUUAAUUCAAAGAAGUGAACUUAGUGGAUUUGAAGACUUCCGAAAUUUAUCAAUAUUAUUACAUGUCAGUUACCAAUUGAAAAAAGUCAUUGGUUACUUGUGAACAAAAAAUGUGUUUUAGAUUUUGAUAAUAUUGUGACAGUAAUAGGAAGUCUUCAGUUACAAGAUACCCUAUUUGGUUCCUUGAGCUUCAGUGCCAGUGAUGGCAGGAGUAAUGCAGCUCAGCUGUUUGAGAGUGUUGAACCCUCACAUGUGAGGGGUGCUUGUACUGUCUGUCAGCUGUCCAAGUAAUGUCAUUUGUACAUUGCUUCAGAAACACCUAUACUACUCAAUGUGUUCAUACAUUUUAUGAAUUGUAAUUAAACUUUGUACAGAA